AGGGAAACAGAAACAAUUUACAAUACAACAGGAUCUAAUUCUCUUCCUAUUGAAAUGGAUGGUGUUAUUCUGCCUUGGUUGCAGUAGGAGACCGCUAAUGAUGGUCCCCCUCUUCCAUCGAAGAAUAAGAAAGAGCUUCCUGUGACUCCAAAAAGUAUCUUAUGGGAUGCAACUCAGAAAUGGGUGAUCAUGAGCAAGAUGGGGAAGCAAUUGAGCUUGCCUUCAGUAAGAAGAAAAUUGAAGCAAGGAAGAAUUGGCUCCGACAGUUUGAGCCUGGCACUUACCUUGAUCAGAAGGAGAAGGUCAUCAAGUACAGUGAUUUUGUCAACAAAGAGCUUAUAUUGUUUUCUAUGGCAGAUCUUCAACGGUCAAUUCCUUCAAUGGUUGAUGGCCUAAAACCAGGAAUUACCUGGUGUUUGGAGUCAGCAAGCAAAUCCAAGUCAAUGGAGCAGCACCUAUUAUGGUUACGGACAAGGUUAUGAUGCCUAUGGUUAUGGGACUACACAUGAUCCUUCAUUAUAUGCAUAUGGUGCAUACCCUGGUUACGCGCAGUACCCUCAACAGGUAUGACGCUUUUAAAGAACAUUGUUUUUUCCCUUUUGCUGGAUGUGCUGUCCAGAUUGCAAUCUAGAUAACAUACAACUGGACUGUUUUUUGAUUCCUUAUUUGUAGGAAAGUUAAAAAAAUAAAAAUAAAAUUCAUUUAUUAUAUACUUAGUUGUGGAACAAUUAAAAGCAUUGUAGGACACUGACCAAAACUAUUAAACCUUGUUUUUCCUCGCAUUUUGUGAUGAGGAUAUUUGAAGGAGAAAAGGAACUGUUCAACUCAAGAUUGAGAAUUUUUUUUAGAUAUUGGAUGGCCGGAGCCAAAAAAAAAAGGGAAACAAAAACAACUAAAAGAGGGGUUGUUAUCUCAGUAUUUACGACCUGAUUGAUAGAUGAGGAAAUAGCUUCCUUGGCCAAUAGAUUUGUGCAUCUGUUAGCUUCUCUCCAAACCAACACCAGCUGACACUGCCGUUCUUUAUGCACGAGCUCUGCAAUGUUAUUGCAAAUAUUUAAUUGGGUUUCAUCAAGCUAUGUUUCAAAUUGUUAUGCUAGAUAUA